CCCAGCCAAUCCGCGGCCAACCAGGCGAUGAUUGGUUGGCGUCAGCCCCGCCCAUCGACGCCGUGACGUACCGUUUAAUAGAAUCCUGCCCCAGAUGGAAGAAGUGAAGCGGCUGAACUGCGGAGGUUGAUGACACAAUCGCUCGCAGACAGCCAGUGAAGAUGGCCGGGUUCCUGGAUAACUUCCGAUGGCCGCAAUGUGAGUGCAUCGACUGGGGCGAGAAGAGGAACACGAUUGCAUCGGUGGUAGCCGGCGUUCUGUUUUUUUCAGGCUGGUGGAUUAUGAUCGAUGCUGCGGUGGUGUACCCCAAACAGGAGGAUCUGAAUCAUGCUUUUCACACGUGUGGGGUCUUCUCUACGGUGGCAUUCUUCAUGAUAAAUGCCGUAUCCAACGCUCAGGUGCGAGGUGACAGCUACAGCGAUGGCUGCCUGGGCCGAACAGGUGCUCGGAUCUGGCUCUUCAUUGGCUUUAUGAUGAUGUUUGGGGCCCUCAUUGCCUCCAUGUGGAUCCUUUUUGGAGCUUUUGUCACACAGAAUGUCAAUGUCUACCCUGGACUGGCUGUAUUUUUCCAGAAUGCUCUGAUAUUUUUUAGCACCCUCAUCUACAAGUUUGGAAGAACUGAAGAUCUCUGGUCGUGAAGCCGUCGCCCAGCACGUUUUCUUCUUAGUUAGAUUUUUCUGCCGUCUUUAUUUGCUGGUUAUGUUUUUUACAUAUCAAUCGCUUCUCCUGACACGAUCUCCAGAGAAAGUGAGAAGACUUGGGCUGAUCCAUGCACACAUCUCCACUUGGGUUUAUUUAACCAUUGCCCUGCCUGUUGUGGCUAUUCCAGCUCCUUUAUAGUCAGAAGAGUCACCUAUGCGGUGUACAGGCCAACCCUGGCUCACUCACCUGUGCAACCAUUUUUAAUUGUUUAAACCCUUUGUUAAACAACUCUGUGUCUACAGCUCCUAUGUCUCCAUGGCAACAGACCACAAACAAUAUGUAGUCUGAUCCGGCAGAAACAUUUCCAUCAGUUGCUAUUACUUGUGUCUGACCUACCAAAUGUGGGGGACAGAUGGAAGGGCCAUAUUCCAUGGGGGCAAAUAUUGACCAAAUAGUGUAAUAGGGGCAACAAAUGAACAAAUGCUCGUUCUUAACCUGAUCGAAACGUUUUGACCUGUCGAAAAAAAAAAAAAAAAUGCACAGCUCUCCAUGUGAUAAGGCUGCAUGAGCAAUCCAGCGAUCGUUCAGUUUGCUAAAGAGCUGUGGUCUUAAAAUUGUACCCUCUCAGAUGUUGCAAAACUACAACUCUACAAGCUGUAGGUUUGCAACAGCUGGAGCGCCACAUUUUGGAGUCCGCUGACCCAGAUAGAGCAUCCAGUCGUCUAUUAUAUAACACUUUGUUUGGAUCUGACUACGCAGGGUCCGUUUGUGGUCUGUUGUCGUGGAUACACUUAGGCCUGCAUAAGAGCUAUAUUUGGUAUUUUUUUUUGGUAGGUACACUGGAAUUUUUUUUUUCAAUUAAAAUGGUUGUCGCGGUGGAUCUUUCAAUUAGAUUCUGAUUCUGGAAGCCUGGUUUAGGUAAAAAUGUUCCAUGGUCUCCAAACUGUGGCCCCCAACAGGCUGUAAGGCCAAACUGGAGCUUCAUACCACCAGGAGAGCCUGAGGGGGCACUUUCCAAAGCUCCUUUUUAUGUUUUUUGGUUUUAUUUUUUUUAAAUGGUGUUGACCCUAUUGUAUUCAGUCAAAAUGAUAGUAUUUACUAAAUUGUAGAGUAAAGAAACCUUUUUCAGGCUCUCACUUCAUCUGGUGGUAUAAGGUAGAUAUGGAGCCAUCUUCAUGCUGGUGCCAGUAGGGUUCAUAGAUCAGUGUUUCCACCCAGUGUGCCUCCAGCUGUUGCAAAACUACAUCUCUUAGCAUGCCCGGACAGCCAGCAGCUCAGUGACUGUGAAAAAAUAACCGAGCAGCCUGUCAUAGCUUUCUGUAGUUAGGGAGGCUACAAUGGAAUUCUUUCGAGUCAGUCCAGGCAUUGCAUGGUGUUGUGUAAAUCGGGCGUAAAUGGGUUUCCAAACUUGGAGGAAAAAAAAAAAAAAAUAUAUAUAUAUAUAUAUAUAUAUAUAUAUAUAUAUAUAUAUAUACACACAAAAUCUAAAAAUGUUGCAGUAUCUUGUAAUACCUUUUUUAUUGGACUAACAGAAUUUUGUAGAGACAAGCUUUCGAGAUUCUUAUCUUUUAUCAAGUCUAAAGCAAAUCUAAGCUCACAAGCAGAAGACACAGGUUACAUCUCACAAAUAUGCAGGGGUUAAGACAAUAGAUGUGGAGAAUUCACACUAAGAUGGGCCAUAAAUUGUCCUGCUAUAGGAACACAGACCGACAUUUAUCAUUGUAGGUGUAAGUGAAGCAUUUAUCAUUGUAGGUGUAAGUGAAGCAUUUAUCAUUGUAGGUGUAAGUGAAGCAUUUUUCUACACUUUUUGUGUGCUGAUAAUGUGUACGAGCACCAAAUUCAUUAAAUGGUCAAAGAGCCUUUGAUAAAUUUUGUGCAGGUCACAUUUUCUGAAAUUUCUCUCUUACAUACACCAAAAAGCUAAGUCUUGCCUGGUGUCGUUUUUAGAGACUUUUCACCUUUUCACAAAAAGGCGCAAUUCAUAAAACCCUUCCAUAUUAUGUGUAUUGCCAAAAUCAGUGGAUUGCAACUCAAAAUCUGCAGAAAUGUGUAAACCAAAAGGCGCAAAUAAACCCUGCUUGCGCCUUUUUGAGCUUUUUCAAGACUCAAAAAACAGUCUAAAAACUGAUGUCGGCCAUAGACUUAAAGGGGUUAUCCAGGAAAAAAAACGUAUAUAUAUAUAUAUAUAUAUAUCUCAACUGGCCCCAGAAAGUUAAACCGAUUUGUAAAUCACUUCUACUA